AUGGCAGCUGAAGGACCACAGCCCUCCAGAGGAGGUGACCCCCGUUUCUCAGACGUGAAGAUUGUGCUGCUGGGGAACAGAGAAGCUGGGAAGAGUUCAGCAGGAAACACCAUCCUGGGCAGAGAGGAGUUUGACCCUGAUGUGAGAACACUGCAGUGUGUGAAGAGACAGGGAGAGGUAGCAGGGAGACAGGUCACUGUGGUGGACACUCCAGGAUGGAAGGAUCAUGAUCUCAAUAUUUCUAUGGAUUCUCCUGAACUCCUUAAACAGGAGAUUGUUCUCAGUGUACUGUGUCCUCCAGGACCUCAUGCUUUCCUGCUGGUCAUCCGUGAGAACAUGACCUUCACAGAGGCAGCGAGAAAUGCCACAUCAAACCACCUGAAUCUUCUGGGCUAUGGAGCCUGGAAACACUCUCUAGUUCUGUUCAUUCAGGAGACUCCUGCAGAAGAGAAAGACUUUGAGGUUAAAGGAAAAUUGCUCCAGUGGCUGGUAGAGAAUUGUGGGAACAGAUAUCAUGUCCUCAACAUCAAGAACAGGGAUAAAAUGCAAGUCACAGAGCUGCUGGAGAAGAUAGACAAGAUGGCGGCCACAAAUAGCUACAGUCAUUAUGAGAUGGACAGACAGAGACUGGAGGAAGUAGAAGAGAAGAGAAGAAAAGGCAAAGAAAAGGGAACACGAACAGCGAUAUCUAACCGAUUAUUAACAAUAUCUAACCGAUCAUCAGCAGAUGCUACAAACACAUGUAUUGUAUUCACUGUAUUAGGAACAUCAAUGCCCCUAACAGACUUGAGAAUUGUGCUGCUGGGAUUUAAAGAUGCCGGGAAGAGUUCAUCAGGAAACACCAUCUUUGGCAGAGAAGAGUUUCAGACUGGACAGAGAUCUGCUGUUUGUGUGAAGAGACAGGGAGAAGUAGCAGGUAGACAGGUUACUGUGGUGGAGGCUCCAGGAUGGCACAGUCAUUAUCAGAUUAAAUGUAGUCCUGAAAUGACUAAAAGAGCUAUUCAGCUCUGUCCAGGUUUGUGUGACCAGGGACCCCAUGUGUUUCUGUUGAUCACACGAGCAGACAUCUUAUUCACUGAAGCACAGAGAAUUUCAGCCAGGCAACACCUUGAGCUUCUCAGUGAGAGAGUGUGGAGAUAUACCAUAUUGCUAUUUACCCAUGGAGACUGGCUGGGAGACACACCCAUAGAGCAGCACAUUGAGAGUGAAGGAGAUGCCCUGAAAUGGCUCACUGAGAAAUGUGGGAACAGAUAUCAUGUCCUCAACAAUCACAACAGCACUGAUGGAAGGCAGGCGACGGAGCUACUGGAGAAGAUUGAAGACAUGGUGGCAGGAAAUGGCUGCUCUCAUUUUAAGAUGGACAGAGGUCUUUUGAGAGACUUAGAAGAGAGAGAAAAGAUAGAAAGAAGCAGAGCAGAAGAGAGAAUGAUGAAGGUGAAGAAACAAAGACAUGAUCUCAGGUCAUCACAAGGUCAUACAAAUCCGUCAUCCCUGAGGAUAGUUCUUCUGGGAUUCAAGGGCACUGGGAAGUCUUCAACUGGGAACACCAUCCCGGGUGACGAUGUGUUUGAGUUGUGCUCUAUGUUCAACUGUGAGAAGAGACAGGCAGAGGUAGCAGGGAGGCAGGUCACUGUGGUCGACACCCCAGGGUGGUGGUGGGGAGCUGGCAUGGCUGAGGCUCCGGAAUUCCUCAAACAGGAAAUUAUACUGAGUGUGUCCUUGUGUGAUCCUGGACCACAUGUUUUCUUACUGAUUGUAAAUCUAGACACAGUCAUGACUUGUCAAGACAGACAGCAACUACAGCAAUAUCUGACACUGUUUCGUGGUGCUAUCUGGAGUCACACCAUGGUGCUUUUUAACUUUGGAGACUGGCUGGGGGACACACCUAUUGAGCAGCACAUUGAGAGUGAGGGAAAGGAACUUUGCUGGCUCAUUGAGCAAUGUGGGAACAGAUACCACGUCCUCAACAAUGAAAACAGGGCUGAUGAGACACAGGUAGAGGAGCUGCUGGAGAAAAUUGAAGAAGUUUUAGCAGGAAACAGUGGACAUCACUAUGAGAUGGACAGAGAGAGACUGGAGGAAGUGAAGGAGAGGAGGAGGAAUGAAGAACAGAGAGCAACAGAGAGACAAAUGAAGGUGGAGAAGCAAAGACAACACCUGCAGUCACUGAAGGAGCAAAGACAACACCACCAGUCACUGAAGGAGCUCAGAGUUGUGCUGCUGGGAUACAGAGGAUCUGGGAAGAGUUCAUCAGGAAACACCAUCCUGGGCAGAGAGGAGUUUGACCUGAAGACAAGAACAGCUCAGUGUGUGAAGAGACAGGGAGAAGUAGCAGGCAGACAGGUCACUGUAGUCGAGGCUCCAGGAUGGUGGAAUAAUAUCAACAUCAUAGACACUCCUGAGCUCACUAAACAGGAGAUUGUGCUCAGUGUGUCUCUGUGUCCUCCAGGACCUCACAUUCUCUUACUGCUUGUACGAGUAGUUGAGUCCAUCACACAGAAUGGCAUUAGAAACAUCGAAGAACACCUGGAGCUUCUCAGUGACAGAGUCUGGAGUCACACCAUGCUGCUGUUCACCCAUGGAGACUGGCUGGGAAACACAACCAUUGAGCAGUACGUUGAGAGUGAAGAGGCCCUGCAGCCUCUAGUAGAGAAAUGUGGGAACAGAUAUCAUGUCCUCAACAAUCAGAAUAUAGAUGACAAGCAGGUCACACAGCUGCUGGAGAAGAUUGAGGAGAUGGUAGCAGGAAAUGGUGGACGUCACUUUGAGGUCGACAAAACUAUUCUACAGGAAGUGAAGAAUAAGAGGAAACACCUCAGUACAAGAGUGGAGGACAGAGAGACAAAAGGAAACAAACAGGAGGUUGUAUUUAAAUAUGUCAUGGCAUUUACACUGAUCUUCACUUCACUGAGAGAAGAAGGAGACAAUUCCAGACACAUCUGGGGCUUCUUGGUGACAGAGUUUGGGAUCACGCCAUAG